CGGCUUACCACAACCAAGGAGGUCUAUAGCAUUAGCAAAUAGAGAAUUGAUUAAAUAAUCUAGCUAUGAUGUGAUAACUUUAGAGGGGUUAGUCACGAAUAACUAUGAUUUAUUAACAGAAGAACAAAAGCCAGUAUAUGAACAAAUAAUUUUGGGAAAAUCAAGGGUCACCCGUGACAUUGCAUUAGCUGUGGCUUCUUCGAGAAUUGCCGCAACACUUUAGCAAGGCAGUCGGACUGCACACUCUGUCUUAAAGUUGCCAAUGAAUCUAACAAAUGUGGAAACUCAAUUAUUGUAUAUUUGAAAACAGCAAAUUUGCAGAAGUAUUGAGGAAAACUAAAAUUAUUUCCUGGGAUAAAGGUACUAUUGGGCGAUAAAAAAGUAAAGAAGCUUUGAAUAGGACUCUGCAAGACAUACGCAGCAACAAAAGUUUGAUGGGUGGUUUGACUGUAUUGCUGACAGAAGACUUUCGUUAAACUCUACCAGUAGUUCCAAGGGGAACACGUGCCGAUGAGAUUAGAUCGUUUCUUUCACGAUCAUCAUUGUGGCCUUCAACUGAAAUUUUAAAAUUAUAAAAAAUAUGAGACUCCACCUUGGAGGUGAUGUUUCCGCCAGCCAAUUUUCGGAUCUUUUGCUUAAACUGAGUAACGGUGAUUACCCAGAAAAUUAUGGCAUGAUGGCUAUCGCUUCCCAUCUGUGCACUUCAGUAACAACAGUUGAAAACCUGAUUUCAAAAAUUACCCACACGUUGCGAUCAUCCCGGUAAAAAUCAAUAGAGUGGUUAUGCGAAAAACGACCAAGCAACGGUUAUUAAUGAUAUAUUACUGAACUCUUUUAAAGGACAACAGAUUGUUUAU